CUCGCCUCCUCAGUACCACAGUCUGCCACGACAGGACUCGUCACGUCGACCGGAAAACAAACACAAAAGGUGAAGCAUGGCUCGUACUAAGCAGACUGCUCGUAAAUCCACCGGAGGCAAAGCCCCCAGGAAGCAGCUGGCCACCAAGGCUGCCAGGAAAAGCGCGCCCUCCACCGGCGGAGUGAAGAAGCCCCACAGAUACAGGCCAGGCACCGUUGCUCUGCGUGAGAUCCGUCGUUACCAGAAGUCCACCGAGCUGCUCAUCAGGAAGCUGCCCUUCCAGCGUCUCGUCAGGGAAAUCGCUCAGGAUUUCAAGACAGAUCUGCGUUUCCAGAGUGCAGCCAUCGGUGCUCUCCAGGAAGCCAGCGAGGCAUACUUGGUGGGACUGUUCGAGGACACUAACCUGUGCGCCAUCCACGCAAAGAGGGUCACCAUCAUGCCCAAGGACAUUCAGCUGGCCAGGCGAAUUAGAGGAGAGCGUGCAUAAAUGAUUUGAUUUUAUCUUUUUAGCGUGGGGGGGUGGGAGGGGCAUUCUGGGGUUUUGUUUUGUAAAUCUUGAACUCUUACCAGCAUGUGUAUCACCUGACUUGUCGUUUGUAGUUUCAGGCAUGUUUUUUGUACUUCAUUUGUCAUUUUACUCUUGACUUUAUUCUCAAUUGUCCUAUUAACUGUAGAUUAGAGCUUCAUAUCUGUAAAUUCUGAAACCAUAUUUCACUGCCUUUCUCAGGUUUGCAAGUCUAUUUUAGAAUCUGUACCUUUAACCCUGUGUGUGCAUGUCAUAGGGUUUCUCGUGCUGUAAAUAAACUAUCCGCUACCUCAAA